AUGGCAGCAAAUGCGCCGCGCGUGGACUGGGCAGCCCUCAAGGCCUGGGUCGCCGAGAAGGAAACCUACGAAGCUCAACAUGGACAUCCCGCUCCCCUCUCCGAAGAACAGGCCACAGCAAUCGCCAUUCUGCUCCGACCGCCAACGCGCCCGGAACCGACCCUCGGAACCCAGAACUGGAUCGGCACUCUCAACCACUUCCUUCAAGUCCGCAAUCAAAGGGUGAUCUUUACAGACGAACCCCGCCAGGACCCGCGCCUGGGCAAAGCCCCCGAGCUGCGCUGGGCCUGCUUCGUCACCUUCGACACCACGGGCGACAGGUUCCCGCGUCCCGGUCACGGGGUCGAGGACGGCGCGCCUAAGAGCCCCGACUUCACCCGCAAGCAGGACGCGAAGCAGUUCGCCGCAAAGUGCGCAUGCGACUGGCUCAUGGACAACGGGCAGAUGCUCCCUAGCGGCGAGCUGCCCAAGUUCCCCCUCGCCUUCGGAUCUGCGCCCCCGCGAGCCGUCCCCGCCCCCCUCCUCGCUCCCGCUCCCGCUCCGGCCGUCUUACACGUCCCGGCGAAGCGGGCUCCGUCGAGCUCACCCCCGGCUGGCGUGCCCGGUGACAUCCCGGUGAAACAGGAACCCCAGCCGACGGCACCUCUCGCUUCAGUGUCUCCCAAACCCAAGCAGUCGCCCUCACCAAAGCAAAAACCCGCGAAGAACCCAAGGACGUCGUCCCCGCUAAAGGACUCCCCAUCACCUUCGUCAUCGUCCAACCCGAACUCCCUACUGGCGUCCGCAAACUCCUCCACCGCCACGACGCCGAACGCGGGCGCCGCCAUUCGGCCCCUCUCCCCAUCCGACCUGCCCUCGACGAAGCGCGUGGAACAGCUCGCCAACCGCCUGAACCUGCCCAUCCCUCGUUAUGUCCUGAGGGAAGACCCGACACUCCCGGGCGCCGACUUCUGGAACGGCACGGCCGACUUUGACGAUAACCCGCGCAUCCCGCCCGGGCUGGGGAAAGUCACCAAGGCUUUCACUAAAAGGGGCGCGAGAGAGAAGAUGGCCGAGGAGAUCUUGGCGUGGAUGCAUACCGAGCAGGACAAACGAAGCCAGAAGAGUAGGAGUGUGCUUGGGUCGUAG